AUGCAUAGACUCCGAGCUAGACUCGCCUCUCCGGAUGGAAAUGAUAAUAAGCGAUACAGCUUGAUAUUUGCUCCUCAAGCGCGCCGCAGUGAACACGUUCCUCGUCCGCCGCCGUCACCUCAAAUAGACCGGCGUCUAUCGGACUCCGGUCCCCGUCCUAAUCCAGACGGCCCAGGCUUAGAUGACACGAAAUCAGAGAAGCACGAUAUUUCCGAGCGUGAUGAUUCCAACCAUGGCAGCGGCAAUACCAAUAUGUCUGCUACUAGCACAUCCGAGAAAAGUGCAUCGAUGAAAAGGAAUCGGUUCAAUGUGCUUCGCUUUCGUCAUGCGUCUGACCCUCAGCUGUCAGCUUCAUAUGCGCAAGGCGAAAUGGAUGUACCGCCAGUGCCUCACGUCCCUCCACCAACAAUCAUCACGACGGCGCCAACGAGCUCUAACCUGGAGAAGUCUGUGCGAAAAGGCAAGCUAAGGCUUCCACUUUCAAGAAAGCCGUCAAAAGAAGCAAUAGGUCAUGGUAAUGCCAGCGGGCCUGGCCAUGCGAAGACUCCAGUUUCUCAAGCUCUCGGCGGCCAUUCCCGCCCCAGCCAUGAAGAGCCCGGCCGACUCUCUACUUCUACCUACCAAAGCGGAACCACAAUUAAUCCGUCUGAGCAGGAUGCACAUGCCUCUGAAUCGUCUAGAUCAGAGCAGGGCUCAGUUGACAGAGGCGACGCUCCACAUCCCACUAAACGACUACAUAUGCCUCGCCUAAUGAAAAGCCGCGCCAACUUGUUCCCUGUGUCUGUCAAACUCCCUCCACCGGCCACUAGCGUUCCUCAAAGUGGUCGCCAGUCUCCAACUUCCAAUGGCGGCCUUAGUGAAAGGACUUCAACGGAUCCUAUCACGCCAGAGGAAGAUCAUAUCUCACCGCUACCAUCCCCUACACAGUCUUCUGCCAAGUUAUCGUCAUCUCCAAAAGCCACCAAUCAACCCUAUCUCUUUCGUAAGGAUUCUACUACUUCGGCUCGAUCAGGACAUUCGGCGUCAUCGGCCAAGGGCCGCGUAAGACGGCGGGGGCGGUCAUCGACCUUGAACUCCCUCAUUGAUGCCUCUCGCAAUGGAGAUGACUCUAAUAAUUCUUCAUCCAAUGUGCCAUCCGGCCGUAAUUCGACGUCUACGAAUGGACGGAAGAGUUUUGGCGAUAUAUUCAAUUUAAGCAAUCGACUACGACAAAACUCGGAGCUUUCGAGUCCUCGAGAUGGCCACACCAGCCCUCGAGCUCCGGAAACCCCUCGCUCAGAAUCCAAACUUGGUUCAUCAGCGGCCUCCCGGAACAUUACUAUGUAUCCAGAACGAGAAGAGGACGACACACCUGCGACCUAUCUAUCCAAACUUCAAGAGACGGUCUAUAAAGGAGCGAUCGGUACGAUAUUAUCCAAAUCCGACGAUGAAUUUUAUAAGGUUGCCCUACGGAAGUUCAUGAGAACUUUUGCUUUUUUUGGUGAGCCCAUUGAUAUGGCAAUCCGCAAACUACUCAUGGAAGCGGAAUUGCCAAAAGAAACCCAGCAAAUCGACAGAUUUUUGCAAGGAUUUGCGGACCGUUACUAUGAGUGUAACCCUGGAAUUUUUGCUACUACAGACCAAACAUACUUCAUAGCAUUUUCUAUUCUAAUCUUGCACACCGACGUUUUCAACAAAAACAAUAAAAGGAAGAUGCAAAAGCAGGAUUAUGUCAAGAAUUCACGCAUUGAUGGGGUUUCUGAAGAUAUUCUUGAAUGCUUCUAUGAAAAUAUCUCCUACACUCCAUUCAUCCAUGUGGAAGAUGAAUUAAAUAUCAAUGCCAGACAGGCUCCGAGGCGAAGAGCGCUCUUGAAAGUGGCAAGCACUGAUCACCUAACAAGAGCGUCAACUCAGCCUGUUGACCCUUACGCCGUCAUACUAGAUGGCAAGUUAGAUACCUUGCGACCAAGCUUGAAAGAAGUGAUGAACAUUGAUGAUCCAUACAGCUUUCCUGAUGCGGAUGGGUUUAAAGAUAUUGAAGCUCUACAUCAAGCCUUCUCCAGAUCUGCUAUCCUUCAAAUUGUGUCAGCACGCUCUCGACCCGACGCUUUUAUGACAUCAACAAACAUGGAAGACUCGGCUAACUCGCAACCCGGCUUGGUUGAUAUUAAGGUCGUCAAAGUUGGCCUACUAUGGCGCAAAGACCCAAGAAAGAAGAGGGCUCGCUCACCAUGGCAAGAAUGGGGUGCUCUUCUAACAUCGUCACAACUGUACUUCUUCCGCGAUCUCUAUUGGACUAAAUCCCUGAUGUCGCAGUAUGAAAACCAGCACAGACGCGGGUCACGGUUGCCUGUUGUUUUUACACCUCCUAUCACCGAUUUCAAGCCGGAUGCUAUCAUGUCAACUUCAGACGCAGUAGGACUUAUUGAUUCAAGUUAUAAGAGGCACAAGCAUGCUUUCCUCCUAGUCCGCCACAACGGGCUGGAAGAGGUCUUUCUUGCCAACUCGGAUGCUGAUAUGAAUGAUUGGCUGGCAAAGUUGAAUUAUGCUGCAACAUUCAGAAAUACGGGCGUGUCCCUGAAAGCCACAGUUGGAGCUCGAUAUGAAGGUCAAAAACAUCAGAACCUCCCACGUAUCGAUUCCAGCUUGUCAGAGUUAUCAACAUCACAGCUGCAUUCUGAAUCACAGCCUGCUGCCGCUGACAAUGAUGCCAAGGAAUACGUUGACCCUCAUCUUGCUGAGGAAAUGUCUGCUGCACGCCAGGAAUUAAUGGCCAGAAGGAUCUCUGAAUUAGAUGAAAAAAUGCUUGAUUAUCAGAAACAGCUUGAUGAUCUUCUUCGGAACGCUAGACAUCUUCAGCUGUUAACCCCGGUAAAUACUAGGGCACGAGAACAUGUCAUUCUGGCUGCUGGCCGUAUGGCUGCUAAACUCAGAUGGGUGCGGUUGGAUCUGUGGCGAACGAAAUGCUACAGCCAUUUCUUGUCAUUGGAUCUUGGUCUAGACCAUAACUCGCCUCGCGAUGCGCAGAAGCGAAUCUCGCUGACGACCACCAAGCCAGCUUCCCCUAGGCCAAGUCAUACAUCUUUAGCAAGACUCGGUUCUGUCCACUCUGUCUCCACUAUUUCUCCAGGAAAUGAGAACAAUCCUCUUAGUCCUACAUCACCAGUUUCGUCGGAAGCACCUAAUGGGCCAAACGAGUUCCUAUCUCCUCUUUCAGCUGACCGCCCCCAGUUGAGUCUGAGCCCAUCGAUUAUAUCAUCUGAGCCUCAAGAUGAGAAACAGCAGGCUGUCUCGCCAAUGUCUGAUUUAUCAGGUACCUUUCUCGGUAAUGGUUCUUUUGAAGCACUGCACAGAGAACCGUCGGUUUUAAGCUCCGGAAGUUCGGCAAUCCCAACAAAUCCAUCCAACGUCGAAGAUGGUGAAGAUCGUGUGCUUCGUGAAGCUGGAAUCCUUGGUAUUGAUGGAGCUGUGGACUCGCCAAAACUUUCUGCUAGAUCGGUGAACGAGUCAGAGACUUCUGAGAAGCAGAAUGACGAAAAGCUGGAGUCCAUUACUGGAGAUCUUCGUAACAUGCAUCAUCGUCGCAGUCUGCAACGAACCUUGAGAGAUCCUUCUCACCACAAGCCAACUCAUCAACGCAGUAAGAAAGGCAAAGACUCCUCAUCGAGUACUCCUUUGGUGGACAAUGGUAGUGGUAGCGGUGAUAGCGAAGUUCUAUCUAGGAACCAUGCAAGCUUCACUCUGCAUGGAAAGAAAGCCUCGGUUAUUACAUUUGGUUCAGAAUGGCAGAACAUCCCUCCCGAGGAAAGGUUGAAGUUGCGCAAGCCUGCAGCAUCUGAUGAGGCGAAAACAUCCGAAACGAAUCUGUCUAGCGACGCUCGCGGAUCGAUUAGUUCUGCAUCGGUCCAUAGUGGGCGACCGCAAUCAAUACGCAGUGCCAGCACAGCGACUGCACGAAGCUCUCGCUUUCCAGAUAGCAUGUCUGCAGGCAGCGGCAUCCCCGAAAUACCAUCAUUAGAUGCCCCCGCAGAAGAGGAACAGCCACGGUCAGAGAAUCACUCUAAACAGGAUCAGGAAAACGGGAAUAACGACAAUGAGCUUUCAAUCUUGGAAAACGCUUCCUCGACGCCGUCAUCAGCCACUACUGCUACUACCACCAACGACAAUUUCACCAGUCGAGAGACAGUUGAACAGAUACCAGCAGCCCAAGAGAAGCCGCAACUCAACCCCCAGGAGCAAGCCGUGGGCGCGUGA